AUGAGGGGUACCUCAUGCUACUUCGAACCGUUCAUUGACUCCUAUGACUUCAACAGCCAGCAAGGACUCACUCGACAGAUUUCAACCAGAACAUUCCGCACAGCAUGCAUCGAGGCUCACACCUCCAGCAUCGCCAGGUCCAACUGGAAUUUCUUCUGGUCUCUGUCACUGAACCUUGUCCACCGUAAUGUCAUCUAUCGCUUCCUCACCCACACCAUCCCGACCAAACGCCUGCUACACUACUUUGAGAUAGCUGAGUCACCUCUCUGCCCGAUCUGUGGUAACGAAGAAAAUGCUGUACAUUUGCUUUUCCUCUGUUCCAGUAAGGCAUCCAUCUGGAAAGCUAUCAUCUUUGAAUUCUUGUGGCCAACCGUUUCGAUUGGUGAUAUUAUCCAAGCCUGUUCCUCUCUUGACUUUGAAAACAUCAAGUAUGUCUCCAAAUCAUACAUCACUGCUCACAUGGUCGUACUGGUAACACUUGGCAACAUUUGGCGAGCUCAAGUUCGUAUGAUCUUUCACUCGACUCCAUUUAUAUGGAUCGAUGUGGUCCAGCAGAUCAAGAACGAGCUCCUUCAACUACAUGCCCAAACUGAAAUUCACAAGCAAUUGUAA